CCUGGGAUCUCCAAGUGCCUGUUUUGACCCAGGGCAACCAGUGCAAGGGGCAGCGUAUCUGCCAUGGCGUGGAUGUUUGUCCACCAUGUGCAGAAUGGAAACCUGCUGCAUGCUUCAUGCAGCAGCAAGUGAUGGCAAGGGGAUGACAGCUUCAGGUAUUGCUGCUCUGGGUGACAUGCAAGCUGCUGCCAGAGAUACUGGCACUGCCCCUCUGAACUGCUUCAUUUGAACCUGUUGGCCAUGGUAGUUAGCGUGGGGUGAGGUUUAAAGAGCUGUGUGGUUCCUGGCUCUCAGAUGGCAGUGUUUGCAGGUUGUUUGAUGUGGCUUCAGCCUGGCCCACAGCUCCUGCUGCAGCCGUGGUGACGGACAGUUGCUCAGGGGACUGAGGAGGAGGGACAGCAAAACACAAAGGCAGCUGGUCAGAAGGGCGCAGGCUGAGUGGGAGAGCUGCUGGAGCUCUGCUCCCUGCUCUGCGUCUGUCUGUCUGCCUCUCUGACCCAUGGGGAAUGAGCUCCCGGCGCUCAGCUCUGCCUCGUCCGGCCAAGAACGUGGUGGUGUAUCGCAACGGCGACCCCUUCUUCCACGGGAGGAAGUUUGUGGUGAACCAGCGGCGGCUCCUGACCUUUGAGGCAUUUCUGAGUGAGGUGACCGAGGGCAUUCGUGCGCCCUUGGCUGUGAGGAAUCUCUACACACCCCAGCAUGGCCGUCGCGUUGCUGAGCUGGCUGACCUGCAGGAUGGGUGCCAGUACGUGGCUGCGGGCUGUGAAAAGUUCAAGAGGCUCGACUAUUUAAAUCAUGGGAGGAAGGAGCUCCGUGGGACAAACAAGAGCAACAGUGUGCAGCCCUGCGCCGCAGCCCCCUGGAAGCCCAGCACUGCAGUGCAGCAGCAGAAGCCCACCCACCUUACAGUACAUGUCUUUCGGAAUGGGGAUUUGCUGAGCCCCCCUUUCCAGCUGAUGAUCUCCAAGAGCACUUCAUGGCAGUGGGACGCGCUCCUGGCUGUGCUGACAGAGAAAGCUGAUCUGUGCAGUGGAGCUGUUAACAGGCUCUGCAGCCUGGAUGGCACACUGGUGUCUGCUGGGGAGGAACUGGUGAACGGCAGCUACUAUGUGGCAGUGGGAACUGAGGAGUACAAAAAGCUGCCUUACAUGGAGCUGCUGGUGCCCCAGGACGCUGUGUGCAGGACGCUGUGGUACAGACUGCAGGCAGAUCACAAACCGCUGUCUCAGGGAAAAAGGAUGACAACAGUUCUGAAGAUGAAGAGCACUGAAUGAUGUUUUCCUUGGCAGCAAAACUACUCCAAAGAGUUAAGGACUGUGAUGAGAGGGCAGAUAGUAAACUGCUCUCUGCACUGUAGGUAACAAAAGAGGGGAGUACGAGGUCUGCUUACACCACAGACUUGCCAAGGCUUUUGAUGUAUUAACAAACUUCCUUCUGUAAAAGAUCAGAUGGUUCUAGAAGGUCUUUCAAUGAUUUAUUAACCAAUUAUUACCCCUCCAGUGCUGAACAAGGCAAUUCAAUCAUCCCUGCCUUGAACCACCCACAGAAAAAAAUCAUCCUUCACUGAAGACAUUGAAUAGGAUGUCCUUGCAACAUGCCUUGUUCCACUCUGGUACUCAGGGAAUUCUGCAGGCAGCCAUGUGCCAGAACAGCUUUCUUGAGGCCAAACAUGUUGCUGCUGAGCCAGAAGCUCCCCUCUUCAGCCAUGGCUCACCUUCAAGCAGUUUCCUCUGCUCACUGUGCCUUGGUCACGAACCAGCUACGCAGAGGGUGAUGCCCAGGAGGGUGAGCAGCAUCCCUGCCACAGCCCCUGCAGAAAUAAGCAUUCUGUGUUGGGAACUCACACAGUUCAACUCCUGCAGUCAGCCCCUGUCACUGCUACAUCUGUGGUUCUCAGCUGCCAGUAAAGAAGAUGGCCUAAA